AUCUCUUCCACGGUACGGGGCCAAUGGCUGAAUCCAUAAGUUAUGGUCAGAAAUAAUUAAGACAUCACCAGCAUCCCAGGACCCUCCCUUUCUCUCUCUUCUCCAAUCCUUUUCCUGUCCCCUCCCUCUCUCCUCUGUGUCACAGCUGUGCACUCCAGCACACAGACAACUUCUCUACAAGAGCAGACCGUAUCAGAUUGCCUCUAAUGCACUGAAAUUAUCCCACUCCUCCUUCUGAAUAGCUCUGGAUCAGGUGAACAUAAGUAUAACUUUGCUGUUCGGCUAAGGAAGUGGCCAUGCCUUAAUGACUUGUACCCAGUGACCAGGUCCAUUCAGGCAGUGCUCGCACCAUCAGUUAAUCACUCUGAAAAUGUGACUUCUUGUUCCGUUAAACAUUUUCAAUCUGGUUCAACCUGUGAAAAUGCACUUAUGUGAGAAUAUGUGGAGAUUGCCAUACAGCGGGACAGUAGGAACCAUGCUGCUGCUGCUGCUGCUGGGGAGCAGCUCGGCCCAGGAUGUUUCUACACAGCUCAGCUGUCAAGCGGCUAAAGUCGCUCAGAACAUCACCCAACCUCAGUACAACACUGUAUUAAACAAGAACACCAAAGCGGAUGCGGUGUCUUUGAAGCCAUUCGUUCAGAACUUUCUUUACACGGUCCAGCCUCACCCUUUUCCAGAAGACUUAAUUCUGGAAAUAAUCAAGAAUCCUCAGGAAGUGCAGUCAAACAAAGGGCUGAUGACUCAAAUCCUUGUGUAUGAAGUGGGUUUCCUAGUGUGCAUUGCCAUUGGCAUCUUGUACAUCGUCCUGAUGCCCAUAAUUGGUUUCUUCGUGGCUUGCUGUCGCUGCUGUGGCAACUGUGGGGGGAAGAUGUACCAGAAGCAGACAUCCUCCAUCCAUCGUCUCAGAAGAACUCUCUACUUCAGCCUAUUUGCAAUUACAAUCAUUAUCUUUGCUGGUAACAUUUGCAUGUUCAGAAGCAACAACAAUUUUAAAGAGAGUGUGAACCUGGGUCCGUCGGAGCUCAACAAUGCUAUAGGUGACAUGCACACUUUCCUGCUGUCUGUGCCACAACAAGUGGAAAAUGUGGUGAAUGAGAGCUACAGAACUGUGCAUGACGUCACCAGGAACUUAGACGACAUUGGACGUCAGUUGGGGGAGAAAAUCCAACAGCGCUUUAGAGGAACUCUUGAUCCAGCUCUGCAGUCGGUCAGACUGCUGCACAAUGAAACUUCGACCACCGGAGAUCAACUUGACCAGUUGAACUCAUCAUUAGCCCGACUGCAGUCCAGCAUAGACCGUACACACGACAACAUCAGCGUUGUCAGAGAUCAGAUUAAUCAAACGCUGUCCAAGCCAGGAUGCUUAAAAUGUGACAACCUAGCAGCAGACAUGAAGAAACUCACGAUGGACAUCACCAUUUCUGCCCCCAGCCUGCAUGAGUUUCAGUCUGCAGUGGAUGAAGUCAUUAAAGCUGAUCUCCGGUCUGAAAUAAGUGAGGCGGAGACGUUUUUCGACACCAUUCCUGAGUCGGUGACCAAUGAAACUAAGGAUUUAGUUACAAACAGCAAAGACCAGCUGAGCAGCAUAAACGAACAAGUUUUGCAGAUUUCCAAGAAUCUCCAACUUUCAGCUUUGAAUUAUGUGUCCAAGACUCUAAAACAACUUCAGAGUAACAUUGACAUGUACUCACAGGAAGCGAGCAAAGCAGAGUUUAUUAGAUGGAGUGUGGGUCUAGCCCUGUGCUGUGUGGUCUUCCUGGUGGUGGUCUGUAACAUCCUGGGUCUGAUUGUAGGCCCUCUGGGUCUCUCUCCUAAGGUAGACCCCACCAACCGCUCUGGCACCUCAAACUGUGGAGGCAUCUUUCUCAUGAUGGGCGCAGGGUUCAGCUUCCUGUUUUCCUGGCUGUUCAUGAUAUUGGUGCUGGUGCUCUUCUUACUGGGUGGAAACAUGUACACACUGAUAUGUCGACCGUGGAACAAUGGCGAACUGCUGCAGUUCAUUGAUAAUCCUGGUUUAAUCCAGUACUUCGAAUUAAGCUCAACUUUGGGACUCAAGAGCAAAAUGAACUUCUCCGAAGUCUACAGAGACUGUAAGAAAAACCACCCUCUGUGGACGACGCUUCACUUGUAUGAACUUAUAGACCUUGAAAACAUACUCAAUGUUUCUAAAUACACAGCCCAGAUCAACAAGGAGUUUGAGAAUACAAAUAUCACUCUGGCUUCAGUCAAAAUCCUGAGCCCUGAAUUGACAAAGAAACUUGUAAACAUCUCUUCCAAAGCUACUAAUUUCAACAGUACAGCUAUCACACAGCAGAUGGAUGACAUUUUAAGCAUCAAUUGGAAUAAAACAGCAGAAAAAGUGUAUAACUUGAGUCUUCACCAACCUCCUGACAUUCGAAACAAACUUCAAAAUGAAACUUUGAAACUGAGGCUAAUUCAAGCCGACAUAGAGAUGACCAUCUUUCCUCAAGUGAUAAACCUGAAAUCAUCCAUCGGGAAUCUUCAGUCCACUUCAGAAAAAAUGAACGGAACAGUGGGGGAGGUGCUGAGGAAUACUCAAGCAGCACAAGACUUUCUCAACACAAAUACGACACAGAUUGUGAAGACCGAAAGUAAGACGUUUUUAAAAUGCCAGCUGGAUUACUUCACUGCUUAUACAAACUGGGCUACAGCUACGAUCACCCAGCAGGUCGCCCCCUGUGGGCCUGUUGCAGGGGUUGUAGACACCUUUGAGACCGUCCUUUGUGUCAACAUAGUGGAGUCUUUGAAUGCGUUCUGGUUCAGUCUGGGCUGGUGCCUGGCGUUCUUCAUUCCCAGCAUUAUAUUUUCCAUGAAGCUAGCAAAGUACUACAGGAGGAUGAGCUCCUCUGAUGUGUUUGAAACUCACAUCGUUAUGAGCUACAUCCCUCGGCCUCAGAUGAAAAUCACCUGAGAUGGGACGGCAUAUGCGUGGGGCAGAUUUAAAGGUCUGCAGGCACAAAUGUUGUGUUAGAGAAAAUCAAAGCAUAUGUGGCACAUUGUCACUUGGGUAAAACAACUGGAAGAAAAAAAAGUUAAAAUUAAUAUACCUACUUGAAUAUUUUGUCAAUUUUGGUUUUUACUAUAGAGUAAAAACCAAAAUUUACCAUACACACUGUGGUCAGGGAGACCUGACCACAGUGUGUAUGGUACUUUUCAUACAGCCCAUGUUCCCCUUUUAAAGCCAUCUAGAGGGUUUCUGAUUCUAUAGGAGAACCUCACAGGACUUUUAAAAUUUCCUGGCUGCAAUCAGUCUCAUCAGGCAUAUUUCUUGUUUCUAGUUGAUUACAUAUGUAUAUAUGUUGACGCACAGUUCAAUGUUUUGACAUUAUUUGUGGUUUAGCAACUUGUUGACAAUGGAAAACACAUUUUAUGUUUGACUGAAUUUUUAUUUUCAUUUGCACUAAUGUUGGGAACAAAUGUUUUCUGGGUUCAUUGUACUUAACUGACUUGCAAAUAGUUUUAAUCUUAUCAUUGCUGCUGUUUGAUUACUUUCCAAUGCCAUUACAUUUUUUUCUUAUCUAGAGUAGUAAUAUCUUUUGAGUAAUGUUAUGUUUGGUGUUGAUUUUUGUUCUGCAGAGUAAAUUUUGUUCUUUUGUUAUGCAACAAUUUACGCCAUUUGAUUGUUUGUGAUUUUUAAAGAGGGUUGAAACAUUUCUGUCAGCUGUUUUCUCUACAGUGAAUA